UGUACGUCGUCUUCCUUCUCCUUCUUCGUCCAGUCCUCUCUGUCCUUGCACUUCCAGUCUUCCACCGACGCCAAACGACCCCUCUCUGGCCACCGCUGUCCACCACCGGAUACGGCGCUCCAGUGUCAGUGACGGUCCAAUUGCUCAGUUUCCGACAGAAAAGGGGGAAAACGAAAUUCAAGGCAAAUAAUCGUUUGCACGAUUUUCCUCUGUCAAUAAAGGUUUUGGGCCAGAUUGGCAGGCAAAGUCAGCAUCUCAUCGAUCGAUCGCAGUUGUAACUAACUGUACUAAUAAUGUGAGGUUGUUCACAAAUUUAUCCUUUUGUUUUUAGCGACUUUGAAUUUGUAUUGGUACUCUAUGAAUUUGAAUGAGAAUGAAUAUCAUUUAUUUUAAGUUAAAAAAAAAACUGUAGUAAUAAAUGCAAAAUUAAAUGAUAUUCCAUCUGCCACUGUUCAAUCCACAUACACACACACACUCUCUCUCACAGUAAGUUGUUACUUACUACUACUACUACUACUGCAUAGCAAUUACAACCACCAUCGACCAUCGUCGUCAUCAUCAUCGUCGUCGUUCCUUUUUGACUUACCAUUUUGUUUUGGUUUGAUCCUCCUCUUCCAAAUCACGUCACAGGAGGAGAAUAAGAAAAUGUGGAAGCUCAAAGUUGCCGAGGGUGGUAGUCCGUGGCUUCGGACACUCAACAAUCACGUCGGAAGACAGAUUUGGGAGUUCGAUCCUAACUCUGGAUCGCCUCAAGAUCUCCAGGAAAUUGAAUCUGCUCGCCAAAAUUUCCACAAUAAUCGAUUCAACCACAAACACAGCGAUGAUCUACUUAUGCGCAUUCAGUAUGCAAAAGAGAACCCAAUGAAACAACAAGUGUUACCCAAAGUGAAAGUGAAUGAUGUUGAGGAUGUAACUGAAGAGACUGUCACAACAACAUUAAGAAGAGCCAUCGAUUUCUAUUCAACUCUUCAGAGUCAUGAUGGUCACUGGCCUGGAGAUUAUGGAGGUCCCAUGUUUCUUAUGCCUGGCUUGGUAAUCGCUCUCUCUGUCACUGGGGCUCUCAAUGCUGUCUUAACCGACGAGCAUAGAAAGGAAAUGCGUCGUUACCUCUUUAAUCAUCAGAACAAGGAUGGUGGGUGGGGUUUGCAUAUUGAAGGUCCAAGCACCAUGUUUGGUUCUGUCUUGUGUUAUGUUACUCUAAGAUUGCUUGGUGAGGGACCUAAUGAUGGAGAAGGGGAAAUGGAAAAGGGGCGUGAUUGGAUUCUUGAGCACGGUGGUGCUACUUAUAUAACAUCCUGGGGGAAGAUGUGGCUUUCAGUACUUGGAGUUUUUGAAUGGUCUGGAAAUAAUCCAUUGCCUCCUGAGAUAUGGCUCCUUCCAUACAUGCUUCCAUUUCAUCCAGGAAGGAUGUGGUGUCACUGCAGGAUGGUCUAUUUGCCAAUGUCCUACUUGUAUGCCAAGAGGUUUGUUGGUCCAAUCACACCAACAAUAUUAUCUCUGAGAAAAGAGCUUUUUACUGUACCAUACCAUGAUAUAGACUGGAAUCAGGCUCGCAAUUUGUGUGCAAAGGAAGACUUAUAUUAUCCUCACCCACUUGUGCAAGAUAUUCUUUGGGCGUCUCUACACAAGUUUGUUGAGCCUAUUUUCAUGAAUUGGCCUGGCAAAAAAUUGAGAGAAAAGGCUGUUGAGACUGUAAUGGAGCAUAUACAUUAUGAAGAUGAGAAUACUCGUUAUAUUUGCAUUGGUCCUGUAAAUAAGGUGUUAAAUAUGCUUUGCUGCUGGGUGGAAGAUCCAAAUUCAGAGGCUUUCAAGUUGCAUCUUCCAAGGAUCCAUGAUUAUCUAUGGAUUGCUGAAGAUGGCAUGAAAAUGCAGGGCUACAAUGGAAGUCAACUAUGGGAUACUGCAUUUGCCGCUCAAGCAAUUAUUUCAGCGAACCUAAUUGAUGAAUUUGGUCCAACUCUAAGGAAGGCUCAUGCAUACAUUAAGAAUUCACAGGUUUUAGAAGAUUGUCUGGGAGAUCUUAGUAAAUGGUACCGCCACAUUUCAAAAGGUGCUUGGCCUUUUUCAACUGCAGAUCAUGGAUGGCCAAUAUCUGACUGCACAGCUGAAGGACUGAAAGCUGUUCUAUUGCUAUCUAAAAUUGCACCUGAGAUUGUUGGUGAACCAUUGGAUGCAAAGAGAUUAUAUGAUGCUGUAAAUGUCAUUCUCUCAUUACAGAAUGAAGAUGGUGGCCUUGCAACAUAUGAGCUCACACGAUCUUAUAAGUGGUUGGAGAUAAUCAAUCCUGCUGAAACUUUUGGUGACAUCGUUAUUGAUUAUACUUAUGUGGAGUGUACCUCAGCAGCAAUUCAAGCUUUGGCAACAUUUAGGAAACUAUAUCCCGGUCAUCGUCGAGAAGAAAUACAAAGCAGCAUAGAAAAAGCUGCUGCCUUUAUUGAAAAAAUACAAGAUUCAGAUGGUUCAUGGUAUGGUUCUUGGGGAGUUUGCUUCACUUACGGCACUUGGUUUGGGGUAAAAGGGCUGAUUUCUGCUGGAAAGAGUUUCAGUAAUUGCUUAAGCAUUCGUAAAGCUUGUGAAUUUCUGCUGUCUAAGCAGCUCCCAUCUGGUGGUUGGGCAGAGAGUUAUCUGUCAUGUCAAAACAAGGUGUAUUCAAAUUUGGAAAGCAACAGGUCCCACGUAGUAAACACUGGGUGGGCUAUGCUGGCUCUCAUCGAGACGGAACAGGCCAAGAGAGAUCCAACACCGCUGCACCGUGCAGCUGUAUGCUUGAUAAAUUCCCAAAUGGAGAAUGGUGACUUUCCGCAAGAGGAAAUAAUGGGAGUCUUCAACAAGAAUUGCAUGAUCACUUAUGCUGCAUACAGAAACAUAUUUCCCAUAUGGGCAUUGGGAGAAUAUCGUCAGCAUGUAUUGAAGGCCUGUUAAUCUCGCUUUAGUUAGGACCCGUUCGACUUGUUUCGACAUUUUAUCAUCCUCCUCCAUGCCGCCAUGAUUCUCUAACUUGUGAGUUUGGUAUCCUGCUAUACAGACAGAUCUCAACUAAGUUUAUAGGAAAAAAAGUGUCACCCUUCUUUCUAUCAAUUCAAGUGUCACUGGGAAGAAAUUUUAACGUGGUUGGUUUGUAAGGAGAAAGUAGGAAAAAGAACGUGAAUUUGGUACUACUAUUAUAUACUAAUAUAACUAUAAUAAUAAUAAUAACAGUAAAUAUUUUAUGUGUAGUUCUGUGAGUCAUUUAUAAGACCAAUUGGAGACUGUAUCACAUAACUCCUCUAUAUAAGCUGUUUUCUUCAGACGUUACUUGAAGUAGUAUCAGAGCUCAUAUCUUAUAUUCUGUCUC